AUGUCAAGUGGUGACACUCGUCCAUCAUUUGAUCCAUACAAACACCUCAACAUCACAAUCAACCCAAAUGGCUCAUGCACGCGCCACUUCGUUUACCCGAUGGUUAAUCCAGACCCGGAACCAUCACCGGGAAAGCUCGCCGCCUCCAAAGACGUCACCAUUAACCAAGAGACCGGUUUAGCGGUACGGAUUUACCGACCAACCAAUCUCCCUUCCAACGACAACGCCGUCGCUCGUCUCCCGAUCAUCCUCCAUCUCCACGGCUCUGGUUGGAUUCUCUACCCAGCCAACUCCCCGGCGAACAACCGCGGCUGCUCUCAGAUGGCGAGCGAAUUAACGGUGAUAAUCGUCUCCGUUAACUACCGUUUAGCUCCAGAGCAUAGAAUCCCAGCUCAAUACGACGACGCAUUAGACGCUCUGCUCUGGGUCAAACAACAGUCCGUUGACUCAACUAACGGAGAGCCUUGGCUUAAGGACUACGCCGAUUUCUCACGGUGCUACAUCUGCGGCUCGAGUAACGGCGCUAACAUCGCAUUCCAAUUAGCGCUGAAAUCGCUGGACCACGAUUUAACGCCGUUGAAAAUCGACGGCUUCGUGUUUUAUCAGCCGUUGUUCGGCGGCAAAACGAGGACGAAAUCGGAGAUCAAGAAUUUCGCCGAUCCGGUGAUGCCGGUGCCGGCGAUCGACGCAAUGUGGGAGUUGUCUUUGCCGAAAGGCGUUGAUCGGGAUCACAGGUACUGUAAUCCGCUGGGUUAUUUGCCGCAGAAGGAGAAAGUGGGGCGUUUGGGACGGUGUCUGGUCAUCGGUUACGGCGGAGACACGGAGGUUGAUCGGCAACAAGACUUCGUGAAUUUGCUGGUUACGGCUGGAGUAAAGGUUGAAGCACGGUUUGACGAUGCCGGCUUCCAUGGAAUCGAGCUCGUUGAUCCACGGCGAGCCGUCGCUCUUCUUAAUAUGAUCAGAGAUUUUAUCAACUAA